AUGGAGAAAGAUACCAUAUCUGGAGUCGAAGCGAAGGCUACGACUAUUAUAGUAGCGCGGCUCAGAGAGCCAAUACCAUAUCUCUUGUCUCAGCUUCGGCAACUGUCCUAUUUCGAAUUCUUUGCUAUGCUGCAAUUCAAGCCGCAGUUUUUCGAUUGCAUUGGUUGGCAAGUUUGUAACAGUCUUCAAGUAAUUGUCAAUUUUCAUUUUCAGGUAUUAGGGGGUUUCACCAGCUUUGAAUGGACUAUUGGAUGUAGUGGUAGUUUAAUUCGGAAAAUGUUUGGCUGUGACGAAUCUUCAAAAAAUGAAAAACGAGCAUCCAAGCGUCUAAAAAAAUAG